AUGGGUGGCUAUAAUCAGUUUCUCUACUAUUACACUAUCUCGCGCGUGUCUCGCGUCAAACUCCUCGCACGCCCGCGCCAGCCCUUCUUUCUUGACACUAUACGGAGAUAUAGCAAGGAAAAUUAUGAUCAUCAUGCAGAAGAAAAAGCACCAACCACAGCUGAAGAAUUCACAAGAGUUGCUGAAGAAAUGGCUGAGGAAAAAGAACAUCAAGGCUUUAGCAGCCAAACAGUAGACAAAGCACAAGAGACUACUGGAAAAGAAAAUUCUCAUAAGAAGUGUGAUGAAUCUGAUGAUCUACUUAAAAGUAACCCACAAAACCAAAUUAGUAGUUAA